UUGUUAUGUUUUUCUGUUUUUCAGCAGAAUAAAUUCAAACAGUGAAUAAACCACUGUUUUUGGAGGCAGUUGAAAUAAAGGAUAUUAUUUUAUAAAAAUAAAUGUCGGACAGCAUGUCGGAGCCCAACAGGAAGUUAAUUACCGUGAUGCUCGUGCUGGUCUGGAUUUCCUCGGGUUUGUUUAUCGGGGUCGCAGGGCCCACUAUGGUGGAUCUGCGCAUUACGUUAAACACUUCCUCCGCCGAGAUAGCGCGCUCAGUCUCCGCCCAGGGUUUCGGGCUAUUCGCUGGCGCGCUUGCAUGCGGGUUUGUAAUUGACGCCAUGGGGACGUGGAAGUUCCUCUUGGUGACCCUAGCUGGAACCAUAGCAACAGUCGCCCUCAUCUUGAUGUCGUUCGUCACCUCCCUGACCUGGCUCUGGGUGCUGUUCUUCUCCGGCGGAACAGCGAAAGGGCUUCUGGAUGUCGGUAAACGCAUUUACUAUCGACACAAAUAA